CGGCGAAGCACGACGGCAGAUUUCAUAAUACUAGGAGAGGCAUACCCUCACGUACUAUGUCGGCACUUUUCUCAAUAGACAGACUAGCGAUCUCUUCGCAACGAUUUCGAUCUCAGAGUUUAUCCUCCGAUGGAAGCGAGGGGUCUCUAGAGAGCGAGCGGUACGACGGCUGUCGGAGCCCCACCUCCCUAAGUUCACGCUCCCAAACCCCGUUCUCGGACGCCAGGGGCUCACCUCCGCUGCAAAGGCCCGUAGGAUCUACCACAUCCUCGUGCAGAAGUUUUUUCAUAAGAGACAUUCUACGACCGGACUUUGGGGCGAAGCGAGAGCAAAAGGCACAGUUUUACUCUUAUCCGUCCUUCGUGAAACAGGAAGGCGGUUUGGACGGUAUUUCCACGUCGCCGUUGAGGGAAUCCGCCACUUCUCCUGACACGCGACUACCAGACACAGGGACUAAGACGCCUCAAGAAAAUCUUUGGCCAGCUUGGGUUUUCUGCACGCGUUACUCCGAUAGGCCAUCAGCCGGCCCAAGGUCGAGAAAAAUCCGAAAAACAAAAGACGCCGAAGCCGAAAAACGACCAAGAACAGCUUUCUCUACGGAACAAUUGCAAAGACUGCGACAGGAGUUCGAAAUCAAUCGCUACCUGACGGAGCAGAGACGUCGACAACUGUCGGAGGACUUAAACCUUAGCGAAUCCCAAAUCAAAAUAUGGUUCCAGAACAAGCGAGCCAAGCUGAAAAAGAGUAUAGGGAAGAGGAAUGGUCUGGCAUUGCAACUGAUGGCGCAGGGGCUUUAUAACCAUUCCACCAUGCCCUUGGAAUCAAUGGAGUGAACGGAGAGAUAAUUAUAGACACAUCAAGUUACGUCAUCAUACCACUGUAGUAUGACGUCACUAUGCCAUGACAAUUGAUGCCAAGCUGUCAUCGAUGAAUCAAGUAAUUUAAGAACUAUAUUAACUUCAAUUUUUGUUAUCAUUUCUGCAUUUUUUAAAAAAAAAUUAUUAUUACCCCUAAAACGAGCAAUACGCCAUGUUGGGUCAAAAAAUAAUUAGUCAAUUUAUUGUAAAUAUUUGAAAAUAUUGCAUAUUUAUACUUAAUAAGUUUUGUAUAUAAAUAUUGGAACAAAUAGAAUGUUUGAAUAUGACAGCGGCCUUUGUGAAAGGGGAAAUAUGACCUUCGCUGUCGUUUCGUUCUUUAUAGCCUUCCUAAACCUAAUUCGUUUAAAAGAUAAGCUAACUUAAUACAGUAACGCUCGAACAUUUUAGGCAGAAAAAAGGGUGUUAAUUGCCACAUUAAUUCUAUUUAGGGGCAAUCACUGACGUGACAGGUUACAUCCUAGCCUUUUUUAAAUGUCGUAAAAGUCGAAAAAGAUUAGGUCUAGAGUGAAAGCUAAAUGUUCUCUGUGUUUCACAUGAGUGCGCUACCGUUUUAGAUUUCCGUCCAUUAGAUUGAUAUUAACUAGGCCUGAGCCAUGUAACCCGUUGCCAACGUGUAUAGUGAGUUAAGUGUUAGUUGCACCAUUAACUUUUAACUUUUGCACCAGCAGUAGCAGUAAUACUAGUAUAACUUUGUGAUGACCUAACAUUAGUAGUAGCAGUGAUA